CUGGUGUUGACAUGAGCUGUGGGGGACUUUGGGAUGCUCUGAAGGCUAUUCCUUGGAACCACCUGUAGGUGAGGAAAUCAGGCCUGGUGUCUACUGGCUUCACUCUUUAAGCACCAGCAGGGACACUGCACAGGGGCCUGAGAUUUCACCAUCGUGCUGUCGCCACCACUGCCCUCCGAAUCAGGCUGCUACUCACCUGGGGCGGGGAGGGUGGUCUGACAGGUUCUGCAGGAGCCCCGAGGGGGUGGUGCCAGCCAGGCCCCAGCCUCGGGGAGGGACACAGAUACCUGGCCUCUAAAGUCAGUAGCCAGGUCAGAACAGAACCUGCUGCAGAAGAGACAUCCCCAGGUAUGGGCUAAGUCGGGUCGGGGCUGUGUGGGUCAGUGGGUCUCGGUCUUCCAUCUCUGCUGGGUGCAUAUCCUAUCGUUAGGGGCACUUUGGAGAGUAUCUGUCCUCUCCGUGGGCCUUCCAUUCCUGCUUCUGGGCUAUCUGACAUUCAUUCCCACUGAAGCAGUUCUUCAGCAGGUCUCCGUGCUUCUCCCUAUGCCCUGCCCUCGGCCACCAUGGCUCCGUCGCCCGCGCAUCCCUCAAGGGGGUGCAGAGGAUGAGGACGCAGAGGAGGAGCACGACGGCAGCCCUGGGGCUGGCCCCAUGCUGUCCCCCACCGAGUGCCUCAUCUGCGUGUCACCCUUCGAUGGUGCCUUCAAGCUGCCCAAACGCCUGGACUGCGGCCACAUCUUCUGCCUCGAGUGCCUAGCUCGCCUGUCGCUGGCCACAGCGGGCGGCGGCGAUGGAGUGUCCUGUCCGGUGUGUCGCGCGUUCACCCGCUUUGCGCCGCGUCGCGGCCUCCCUGCGCUGCCCACACCCACCGUGCUGCUGCCCGGGGAGGUGCGUGCUUCCACGCCGCGUGGAGGCUCCGUGCGUUUCGACCGGCGCCGCGGCCUGCUGUACGUGCGCGCACCCGUGCCCUCCGGGUCACGAAAAGGCCGUGCACUACCGGCACCCCAGCCUCCGCUGCGCCUGGGCCGCCCGCUGUCGCGCCGCCUGUCGUUCCGCAGCCCGGCCUGGGCGCUCAAUGCGGCUGUGGCUCUCGCCGCGCUGGUGGCCGCAGGACUCGUGGUCUCGGCUGUCUACAUCUUCUUCCUCAUCCCGCGCACUGGGAGCCCCUCGCACCCACAGCUCAUGGCGCUGCCCACGGCGACCUGGACCCCAGCCCAGACAACGAGGACCACAAAAGGGACCUCAGAGGACACCUGGGGAGCUGAGCUUGGGACUUGGGGAACAGAGCUUGGGAUGCCGGGAGCAGAGCCAGGGGAAUGGGGAGCUGAGUCCAGUCCUGGCUGGACCCCUAGAGCACGUGGUGGUGGGAGGGCCAGGGGAACUUGAUAGUGGUCCUGGCCUCCAGUCUGUGGCCUUGGGUCAUCCUAGUGCCCCUGUUUCCUCAAGGAGGGUUUGCUGGAAGGGUAUCCCCAGGACUGUCCCCAGGAGCCAUGAAACACACUGGAGAAAUGGCAUCAUUCCUGGGGGCUUCUUGGGAACACGGUCCGGUGGGCCCACCUGCAGCAUCCCUUGGACUGUAGUUACUAUGGCCAUGAAGCCAAGGUUGCCCAGCCUGCCUUUGGAAGUGUGCUGACUGCUGUGGUACCCAUGGUCAUCCCAGAGCCCUGGGAAGCAUCGACCCGUGUAUCCAAAUGUCCUGGGGCUGCUGCUCCCUGGCACCACAGUCAGUCUGUGGGCUUCCAUGUGCACUACUUGCAGUCUGGGUCUAAGUACACAAGCUAUCACCUGCACACUUGCCUGGAAAUCAGGCUUCCAGGGGCAAGGGUGACCUAGUGGGGGUUUGGGUGAACCCAGGGACUCCCAAACUGCUUUAGGAACCUCCACUUCCCCUGAUGCACCUUGGCUUCCAGUAGUCAAGUUUCCUGACUAACUGGAGAGAUCCUGGCCUGUCUUCCACAUGGCCAGAACCAUCUUCCCCAGUGACUGCCUUUUCUCCUGCAGGGCCCCAGCAGCCCUGCCUAUCCUACCACUUGUUUCAGCCUCCCCAGUGCAGAGCAGCCAGCAGAGAAGAGGGCUGUGUCUCCUGUCAUCUCCCAUAAGCCUUCCUGGCAUUUUCCAGAAACUUAGACUUCUAUGAAGCUGCAAUCUAAUCUGUUUACAUGUGUUGUGUUUCCCUGCCAUGGUAUGCAGUGGGUGCUCAGUGGGUUACUGACAGGGCGUGACAGCAUCUCGGGUGGCUGAUGAGAAGCUUGGGAAUGCCUGGGCCCCAGCAUGUCCACAGACCUAUUUAUGUUGUAAGCUGUUGCUUCCCAGUGUCAGCCAGAGGAACAUCAGGAGUCCCAGGACAUGUCUUUUCUGGACCAGGUCCUGGCCACACCUGUUGCCAGCAGCACUUACUGGGUCACUGGGAAGCCAUAGCCCAGCCUCACUAUAGGGGAACUUGGUCUACAAGUGAUAGCCUGGUAGGUUUCUCUGGUUACUGUAAAAAAUUACCAACUCAAAGUCUAGGAAUGACACACAUUUAUCAUCUUACAUAUCUUCUGUCCUACAGUACUGGGGAUUGAACCCUCGGCCUUUGCGUGGAGCUACAACCCCGGCCCUAUUUUAUUUUUUGAGACAAGUUAUUGCUAAGACCUAAAUUUCCCUGGCAGUGUUUAACUUAGGGAUUUAGUAAGCUACCACCUGCAGCUACCACUUGGCCUCACUGUGUCCAUUUGUCAUUGUGGGAGCCAUGCCACCUGCCGAAAUGCCAGCUUUUAGAUGUGGUUGAGGUUACAGAUCCAAGGUUCCCUUCUUCAGGCAGCUUUUUUGGACCACUCUCAGAGAGUGCAUCCUCCCUCGCUGCCCCCCAGGGGCUACUGUGGCUUCUGCAACCUCCCAAUGGGACCCCAUGACCUCGUUCUCUCCUUCCUAAAAAGAAGCCAAGCACAUGAGUGUCUGCAGAGUACUACCUCAGUGCCUCCCUCGCAAGGGCUGCGGGAAAUCGGCAGCACAGGAUCAUGGGGUUCCCCUUCCAUCCUCUCCUGGGCUUCACAUUUGGUUGCAUCCUCCCUCGUCCACUCCACAUCCAGUGCACUCCCUCACAGUGGUACCCGGAUCUUGACACCGGGCCGCAGGCUGGACGCUCUUCCUAGGUGGAGGGGGUGGCCUCGGUAUCUGGCUCUGGCGCCUGGGCCUAUAUGGGCGGGGAUUGGUUCUCCUUUCUGAACGUGGGCAACAAUAAACCCGCUGCUUUCU